ACUUAACAGGCAUUAUUUGAUUGUAAAAUGAAUGGGAGCAUUGAAUAUGAGCGAGUUUUGUGACAACUCUAUUUGUUUAAGUUAAUCAGUGAACUUAAUAUGAUAUGUUAUAACUUACCAUCUGAAAUUUGAUUCUGCAUCAUUUGCUAGAUCAAUUUAAGCUAAAAUUACUGCUGUAUUAGUAAGUAAUAGGAAUGAAAUUUCACAAGAGCUGACAUUCAAGAUUUGGGACUUGGCAAUCUAUGCUUCUCUUUCUGCAUUAUGAUAAUCCCUUGGCUGCAAAUUUCUGUUAUGCAUUUUCCAGGCAGUUGUGAAGGAAAGAAUUCAUUAAGUGGAGUUCGGUACUCCGAAGAACCGGCAAUUUUCGCUUGGGAGCUCAUGAAUGAGCCUUGGUGUUCAUCAAGUUCUGCUCCUGCACUUCAGGCAUGGAUUGCUGAGAUGGCUGCAUAUAUCAAAAGCUUGGAUAAAAGACAUCUGGUGACUGUUGCACAAGGGUUUUAUGGCCUGAAUACAACUAACAAGUCAGAAGUGAAUCCUGGGAUUUGGGCAGCUUCACUUGGAUCAGACUUCAUACCAAACUCAGCAAUAUCCAACAUCGAUUUUGCAUCAGUUCACGCAUAUCCAGACAGCUGGAUCCCACAUGUUGAUUUGAAAGCGAAAACGAGUUAUCUGUCUCAUUGGGUGGAUUCUCAUGUAAGUGAUGGAGACAUUGCGCUGUGGAAACCAGUUCUUUUCACAGAAGUCGGGUCAAGUCGGCACGUGGAUGAGAAGGGAGUGUUUUGACAGAGAUGUUUUGUUGAAAACAGUGUAUGAUAAAAUUUAUGAAUCCGCAAAGAAGAGGAGGGCUGGUGCUGGUGCCUUCAUCUGGCAGUUACAAGUUGAAGGCGUGGAUGGAUAC